AUGUCCUUUACUUCAAUUCCUAUUCUGGACCUCUCUCUGGCUAAGGACCCGGCUACCAAGCCUAAAUUCCUUGAAGAGCUCCGACAUGCCUUGCUGGAGGUCGGGUUCCUUUAUCUCAAGAAUGUCGGCAUCUCGGAUGAGUUCUUCCAGCAGGUCAUCAAGGAGGGCAAGGCCUUCUUUGAUAUUCCGGAGGAGGAGAAGCUUAAGAUCGAGAUGAAGAAUGCUCCGUCCUUCCUUGGCUACUCUCGCCUUUCUGCCGAGAUCACGGCGGGUGCCAUUGACCACAGAGAGCAGAUCGAUCUUUCAACAGAACAUCCACUCCCUGGACCGAAUGACCCGCGACACUACAACCUGCGGGCACCAAACCAGUGGCCUUCUCCUGAGCUACUGCCCAACUUUCGCCCAGUGUUUACUGAGUAUAUGAAGCGCAUGGGCGAGAUUUCGAUCUACUUCACUAGCCUGAUCGCCGAAGCCAUUGGGCUUCCCCCAGAUGCCUUUAAUAAGUUCUUCGACAAGGAUCAGCAGCACAAGCUGAAAAUUGUCAAGUACCCGGAUGUUGGAACACUGGGCGCUGCCGGAAAGCAGGGGAAUCAGGGAGUUGGGCCACACAAAGAUAGCAUGCUUUCCUCUUACCUCCUGCAAGCCUCUCAUCACAAAGGCUUGCAGGUACAGAACAUGAAGGGCGAGUGGAUUGACUGCCCACCCAUCGACGGCACACUGGUUGUUGCCAUCGGCCAGGGUUUGGAGGCUCUGACUCAGGGUGUGUGCGUCAGCACGACACAUCGUGUGCUAUCGCCGCCUGCGGGCGAAGGCGCCCGUUUCUCGAUCCCCUUCUUUCAGGGCGUUAGUGGCGACGUGACGUUUGAUGACCUCGAGAACGUCGGCAUUGGCCAGGUACCUGAACACAUCAAGGAGCUCCGGCGCAAGGUCCUGGCGGAGAACGGUGGACGGCUGGAUGAUGUUGAGUUCACGUUCCGUUCAGGCGGUCAUGCCAAGACCCUGGGUGAGGCCAUUCUGCGGAAUCGCGUCAAGAGCCAUCAGGAUGUCGGCGAGCGAUGGUAUCCGGACAUUCUGGCAAGCAUCAGGGAGGAGCAGGCGAAGGCGAAGCAGCAGGAACAGCAAAAGAAUCAGGGCGUUAUGGUCGCGCAAGGCGUUGCUGUGGAGGCACAUUGA